AUGGAGAAUCAAACAUUUUUCACACAGUUUUACCUGACCUCAUUUCCUGUUUAUCCUGAAACUUUGCCGUAUUUCUUUUUGAUUUUCUUCAUUCUCUAUUUGGUUGGUGUACUAGCAAACUUUGUAAUCAUUAAAGUUACAGUUCAGGAAAAUAAUUUACACACCCCAAUGUACUUCUUUUUAUGCAAUCUAUCUACAGUCGACAUUUGUUACAUCACAGUCACUCUGCCCAAACUAAUGGACAUUCUGCUGACAAGGAAACAUUCAAUAACGUUUAUACAAUGCUUCACUCAGUUGUUCUUUUUCUUAUUUUUGGCCAGCACUGAAAUUACGUUACUGUCUUCUAUGGCCUUUGACCGUUAUGUUGCAAUUUGCAGGCCCUUGCAUUACCAAACUACUAUGAGCAAAAGAAAUUGUAUUAUUAUUUUAGCAGGCACGUGGCUGUCUGGCUUUGGAAAUUCAACGUGUGUAACAUUGUAUGUUUCAGGAUUAACUUUUUGCCAUUCCAAUGCAAUUGAACAGUUCUACUGUGAGAUUAAAGCCCUUGCUAAAAUUGCAUGCACAGACAGAGGUCUCGGUGUCCUAAUAUUUGUAGAUACUUUCUUAUUUGGGCUUUGUCCAUUUUUACUCAGCCUCAUAUCUUAUGGUAAAAUAAUUUCCAUCAUUCUAAAAAUUAGAUCCAAUGAAGGAAGAAGGAAAGCCUUCUCCACGUGCACUUCUCAUCUCACAAUCCUCCUUAUUUUCUAUGGAACCAUUAUUUGCAUGUACAUGGGGCCAUCCUCCGAUCUGGUAAAUAAACAGGAUUAUAUAUUUUCUGUAUUAUUUGCUGCCGUCACACCCAUGUUGAACCCUCUAAUAUACAGUCUGAGGAAUACAGAAGUGAGAACUGCUAUUGUGACCAAUAUGAAAAUUAAAAUAUUUGGAUGA